AUGGUUACCAGGUCCAUGCACUUUGAAGCCUCUGUGGCUACUUGGUACCCUCUUCCCCUUUGCUAUACUGCUUCUAUUGCUGCUACUGAAUCUGAACCCAACAUUUAUUCCCAAGUCUCUAAACAUCAUCAUUGGUCUGAUGCAAUGUCCAAAGAGUUUCAGGCUCUUGUUCAAAACAAGACUUGGAAUCUCGUUCCAUAUCAUUCUUCAAUGAAUGUGGUUGGUUCUAAAUGGGUGUAUAAGAUCAAACAGAAACCCGAUGGAUCUGUGGAUCGCUAUAAAGAUCGGCUUGUUGCUCAAGGUUUUACACAAAUCCUGGGUGUGGAUUUUUUUGGCAUUGUUAGCCCAGUUAUUAAACCCACCACUAUUCGUACUAUCCUUUCUCUUGCAGUUUCCCAUUAG